CCACCCCUUUCCUGAGGAAUGUCGAUGUUUGUUAGAUGAAGCAUUGCUUUCACUUUCACGUCAGGAGAACGUGAGACGAAAAGCUGACGAACCAGCUCAAAGAUGAGCUUUCCUGUUGCUGCUUCUUGGACCAAUGUUGGAGGCCUCAGUGAGGGAAAGAGAUUUUUUAUCCAAGGCUUUGUCGGAACAUACACAGAAAGAUUUGCAGUGAAUUUCCUGUGCCCCAAUGGCGACAUCGCCUUCCACUUCAAUCCGCGAUUCGAUCAGUUAAAGCCGGUGGUCGUGUGCAACACGCAGAUGAAAAGUAAAAAACCGCUCUGGAAGUUCUGGGAGAGCGACGAAGACUUCUGGGGGAAAGAGGAAAUUGCCACCGGCACACCUUUCACGCAGGACAAUUCUUUUGACAUGACCAUAGAUGUUGAGAGUGGCUGCUAUCAGGUAUAUGUCAAUGGAAAUCACUUUUUAGAGUACAAGCACCGUCUUCCCCCCAAAAGAGUCCAGACCUUGGAGAUCAAAGGUGAUGUCUCAGUGAACCACUUUGAAUUUUCUGAGACUAAAGCUCCACCCGCUUACAGCCCUCCUGAUUCCGGUGACACCACAUAUGACAAAGAAGAGAAGCGUGCUCCAUAAGCAAAGUCAACUAAAAAAGUGAAGACCCAAGAUGAGCCUGCGUGAUCCUUUGGAAAACGGAAGUCCUGGCUGGUUGGGUAAAGGGAUGGAUGCUCUUUUCCUGACCUCACUGAGGAUGGAGUUCAGCUGUUAUGUGCAGAAUGAAGGAAAAUUAAUUAGUGUCAAGAAAAUCGGUAGUUAGCAAAAUAUUUGCACGGUUUCUAUAUACUGUACUAUAUACUGUAUAUUGUAGUGUUCUGUUCUAUAUACUGUACUAUAUACUGUUAUUGUUGGCUGUUGUGAGGGCAAUGGGAGACUGUAAAACAACAAGGCUUGAGGAAUAAACAUCGUAAAUUCAAGUAAACUCAAGUAAACUCAAGGCCCUUCAACAGUCACCAACAAUGCUUUGUUACCAGCAGAUCCUGCUAGCCGCCCACAAUACAUUUCCUGGAAAUCAUUCGUUAGGCAAAUGUUUGCAAACAAAUCCACAAUUUCCAUUGAUGCCUUUAGGAAUCAGUUAUCUCGGUCCCCUCCUGCCAUUGUUUCUUUUCCUAAAAUGGCUGCAGCCAACCAGCUAGAGGGAAUUCAAAGUGUGUGUGUGUGGGGAAACAGAUUUGUCCAAUCUCUCUCCCCACUCCCUUUCCCCACGGUUUCUGUCCGAAAAUGGCUGCCACUGACCAGCCAAGCACAACAAGUAAGGAAGUGGACAAACUUCGGCUCUUUGGAUAUCUGAAUCUGUGGGGUGUAUAAUGAGGUUUGGGCAUGAUUAUUUCUGUUUGGAUAAGUGAACUGGCAGAUAGUGAGCAGGUGGGCAACAGGACCUGCAUGUUCUUUAUGCUGCUUGUGUUUAUGCUGGCUUUUAGGUUGCUUUUUUGGGCUGACUGAUAAGUCCAUUUUAAUAUUCUUCUGCUUUAAUUUGUCAUGUUAAUAGCUUGAUUAGCCACCUGCAAAGGUGGUAUAGAAGUGAAACAAGCAAGCUUGGAAAUUUUAAAUAUGUAAAUAAGUGCUAAAUAAAUAACAGAAAAGUGUGAUCCUCUAGGAAUUCUUGCGUUACUUUUAUGUAAUUUCUCUAAAAUGCAUGUUACAUCAGGGACAAUCCUCCUUGCCAAUGGGGCAAUCCUCCUUUUGCCCAUGCACAACCAGGAGCACACUUUAAGACUGCCAUUGUGCAUUGGUAGUUAUGUCAGGUGUCGGGCCAGUGGACAUGGACUGGGGGAAGAAAGGAUUUGCAGGCCAAAUUGGGACCAGCAGCCAGCCAAAUAUGGCCUGCAGAUUGGAGGUUGCUUCACACCAUAAAAGAUCAAACGGAGACUUUUGAUGAUAUUAAGAUUGGCAGAGACAAUUUUCAGCCCACGUGUCAGGGGUGGAUACAGCCUUAGGCAAAAGCGAGCAGAGCAGGAUAUACUGUAAUGUUUGCCUUCCUCCGGUAGGCUAGUUUCUGCACAAGCACACACCUAUGUUGUCCCUCCAGGCAAGGAAGUGGCAUUAUUGGAGUUCAGGGAGGCAUUCCAGCCAGAGAAAACACUCAAGGAGCAUUCACAGCAGGGCCAGUGAUAGAUGUGGGGAUGUGGCUGGGUUUUUCAGAAGCAGGUCAGGCAAAGUUUGAACCUGCUGAGUCUACCACGAUUUACAAAAAUGCAAACACAACACACUGACUAAUAACUGUUAGUGAAUAUAUAAUUGGUUAUGAUGUCAUUCAAAAUAUAUGAAUAAACCACUUCAAAAUGAUGUAUAUAUCAUACAACUCAUCUGUGACGAUCACCCAAAUUAGGGACAGCAUAGAAGAAGUUAAAGGGAUUAGCCAGUUAGAACCCUAGGGGGCGGGGUUAGGAGGACUAUAUAAACCCACCCCUGGGAGGAGAAGGGUUGUUGUUGUUGGGGCUGGUUGUGGAAGGUUUGAGGGGGCAGUUGAGAGAGGCAGAGGGUGAGGCAGAGGUAGCGAGGUAACCAGAAGGGAGAGAGAGUUUGGAACUGUUCUUGAUUAUAAGCUAUAGGUAUAGGCCAGUAUAGGAACUGUUAUGAAAGAAAAUAAGAACUAAUCUUUUGGAAACCACAUGCUUAUGUACUAAAUCUAAAUCAACCCAGUUUUUUCCCAACGUUAUCCCUGACUGGAGUGAGUGGAGAGAUUACCAGACAUACACUGGUUGGUGGCAGCGGAAUUAAAACGUGGUUGGUGCAGGUACCAACGGACCGUGAAACGUCUGGGGGUUCUUUGCAGGUUGAGGUACCGUAACUGCCACAUCACCUCACAAAAUAUACA